UCUGCUACAGGUGAUAAUAACGUUCGGCUUUGAUGUACUGCAGCACCGGGGAGCAGGAGAAGGUCAAUGGCUUUUUUAAACAUUUACAGUAGAUAUAAUUUCUGUUAACUAUCCUAACGCGUCUUUUACACCGUUAUUCAGUGUUACAUACGUAAAUAUACAACUAAUACGAACAAAUUAGACCGUCAUGAGAAGGGCAGAUGGUCAUUUUAACUCCUACGCGCGUCUCCUCCUGUCGCGUUUAGCAGCAGCUUUCAAGGCAGCCUUCCAGUGGAUUUAGGUGUUUGUUUCCUCCUUGAAUUCUCAGCAUGACUCCUCCGAUGUCAGUGUUGCUGGUUGGAGAGGGGAACUUCUCAUUUUCUGCCUCUGUGAGCCAGUUGUACAGUAAAUCAGAGACUAGCGUGACAGCCACAUGCCUGCAGCGUCAGGAGGAGGCACUGCGGCACGAAGGAGCUGCCACCAACAUUCAGAUUAUCAAGGACUCAGGAGGGACGGUGCUUUUCGAGGUGGACUGCACUAAGCUGGGGGAGUGUGCCUCUCUCCAGGGCCGUGUGUUUGACCGUGUGGUGUUUAAUUUCCCUCACUGCGGGAGAAAGAGCGGGGUGAAAAAGAACAGAGAUCUCCUCAAAAGCUUCUUCAUCAGUUGUGUCCAGGUGUUAGCUGAAGACGGGGAGGUUCAUGUCUCUUUAUGCAACGGGCAGGGUGGGACACCAGUGGACCACCCGAAGCGAGAGUGGCACAACAGCUGGCAGGUGGCUGCCAUGGCAGCAGAGGCACAGCUGAUCCUCAGCGAUGUCCAUCCAUUCAAGAGUGAGAAAUACCAGAGCUACAAGUGCACUGGAUACAGGAGCCAGGAUAAGGGCUUUCAUGUGGAGAAAGCUUUAGUCCACGUGUUCACUCGCAGCCUCCCCUACACCUCUGCUCAGAUACUUACAAUGGAGGAGGUUGUUGAAGGGGAGAAAGUCCAGUACAACAUACCAGCUGAGCUUAGUGAUUACAUAUUCAGGGGAUUUCUCUGCUCAGGUUCUGUCCACCCGGUCAGGUUGGUGCAAGAUUUUAUUCUCAAAGGCCUUUCAGAGAAGUGGUCAGUCUCCAUGGCGACAGAGACCAUUCCUUUGCUCCUUACAGCAAAACAGCUGCAGGCAAGUUGCUGUGACGCCGACAGUGCCCACUGCUACUGGAUCAACCUUCUUCAGAAAGACAUCAACUCUGAUGCUUCAGUCUCAUCAGACAAAGAAAGAGAUUUGGCCGUGGACAGUCAGGGACAUACAGACACACAAGAUGCCUCCUCAUCUUUGUGUGUUACUUCCCACAAAGCAGACAAGGUGAGGAGCAAAGGAGCUGAUAGCUUAAGGUCAACAUGCUCUAUCGAUGUCGAUCCUGAUGAGGAGAGUGGUCUUUUUCUGCUCCGUCCAUCUCUGCUUCCUCAGCUGGAAGAGCUUCUAACUAAAAAAGAAGAGUGGAUUAAAGAUACUGAAGGCCAUGUUGAGAAUGAGGAGGAUAAUAAAAACAUAGAGGAAGAAGAGAAAGAGGAGCGCGGUGGGGGUGAUAAUGGUGUCACCAGCUUUUUAUUUGGUGUUAGUGGCCUGGUGUUUAAGAAUGUACACAUUAACCUCUGGGCUCUGCCAGCCUUUCAUGAGCUUCUCAUUACAGGGGAUUUCCCUUUAGAGAUUGAGCCAGUCAAAUUGCUUGGACAAAGCCUGGAAACGCUGCUUUCUCCCUAUGGGGUUUCCCUCAUGACAGAAAAGGGGGGUCUUCGUCUCACAGUAGCACCAAUGGGUAUGGUUGGACGGGUUUUAGAAAGCAGUGCAAAGGUAAACAAAAGCCAUACAAGCAUCACUGUGUCCUUAAAUUUGGACCUCCUAGCUGUGCUCCUCUUCUCUAUCCCUGAUUGGCGGAUCCUGUGGUCACAUGACCCACGCUUUUUAAAUCAGUUUGCACUCUGCCCAUCACCAGGGAAAACCUUUAAGCCAUUCUCCUUGUUCCCCGAACACUUCACUUUUGACAUCAGCUUCUGGACAGGGCCGGUAUGGGAGGAGAGGAGAUUCCACGCCAUGGUCCGGGAGGCCAGUCGAGGGACUGUGGAGCAUGUCAAACGCAUCGACACAUUCUCACACCCUGACCUCAGUCAGACCAGUUACUGCUACAGACUCACCUACCGCUCACACACACAUGCUCUGUCACACAAUCAAGCUCUUCAGUUUCAUCAACAGCUGGAAUCCUUACUCUCCUCUCAGCUGCAAGUAACAAUCAGGUAGCCAUUUUAAAAUCUCAAGGGGGAGCAGAGAUUUAAUCCUUUUUUGUUUGUUACAAAAAAAAUGUUAGUGUUAAAUCUGCAAAACUGUAUGUGACCAGUGUUUACAGUAGUUGUGGCAUUAUUUUCAGUUCAUGUACUUUAGAUGUGGUUGGUUAUGUGUAUUUGUGUAAGUUUAAAUUAUUAAAUAAUUCUUUCCCAUACUAUGUGGCUAUACUGAAACUAUUGUAUUAUUGUGAAAGUUACGUGUUGUAAUACAUGCUGUGAAAGAAAGCCAAAAAGCAAGAAGUAAAAUGGAGUAAAAAUGCCAA